AUGGCGUCAUCUCGGGUAUCUCAAUCAAUCUAUCUGAUUAGCCCGGAAACAUUGGUUAGCAGUAACGAACCCACGCCAUGCACAGUGUGUCAUCGCUACGAAUGUCGACUGCGAUCGCAUAAGUCCUGGAUCGCCCAGCGCCCACGGGAACCCAGACAUUUGACUACGCCUGCGAGAGCGCAACGCGACUACUUCGGACCAAAGGUCCUUGGUCAAAAUUAUACGCGAUCUUACGCAUUUACACGGGCUUUGCCAUCGACUGUCCCUCAUUCCGUCAGUUCGGGCCGCUUGGAUGGUUUUCACGAUCUCCCCGUGCCCGGCGGCGAGCAGCCAGAACUGCACCAGGCAGUCUACAGUUGUGGGUCGAACUCGCUUUACCCGCAUGGUGCUUUCCCUGCUGAUCAUCAAAUGCUUUCAGUGUUGAAUUUCAAAGUUGGUUCGGCAACAGCUUUCCCCUUGCCAGCAGGCCUGGCUGUGAAUGACAUCGGCGGAAGCAUGAUCAUGCCAGUGAUGACCAAUACGACAUUAUGUCUCAGUGUGAUUGCCGCUUGGAAAGCCGUGCAAUCCUUGACCGGACCCUCGACGACUCUACCUUACCUGUCGUAUGAAGCUCAAGCCUUACAAUCCUUGCAAAAACAACUACUCGUAAAGGGCUUUGAGGCUAUCACAGAUGCAGCGGUCAUGGCAGCGGCAUUGCUCUGGGCUACAGCAACCAUGUUUCCUCAGCCAGACGCUCUCCGACGGCACGCAGCUGGCGUACGCUCGCUCGUAAAGGCCCGUUCCGGGCUCGACAAGCUUGGUGGCGGUGGUGGUGCAAUCCAGCAAUUGAUCCUAUGGGCCGACUUCCUGACUGCCCACUUUCUAGGCGAAGACGUUCUCUUCAAUGAAGCGGACACUACCGUGGAACGCUUGCCGACCCCUCUUGCCAACAUAUACGAUUCCUUCAUCAUUCCCAGCACGUUCGAAUAUCUCCUUCCCGGAACGAUAAGAGCAGCGAAAGAUCUCCGAUUGCUGUUGACCUGUCAUGAUCAAGCUUUGCGGACAGGACGCAUCUCAGUCGCAGAGUACAAAGCACUUAUGAGCCUACUGAAUCGAAGCACUAUACAAAGAAUCGGCCUGGAAUGCCAGUAUAAGGACGACAACUCCAUUGACGAAUGCGCCAUUUUGGCCAUGAAUCUGUUGCGACUGACCACUCUGUUCACUGCAACAUCACUCCCCACGAUCGUGAUCAAGGUCAUUGAGCGCCUCCGAAAUGCACUGGUCCGUUAUGACCUCGACGAAUUCCCACAAUGUCUUGAUGUCUACAUCUGGGCAUGCUUCGUGGGCAUGGUGCAUGAGGUCAAGACUCCUAUUCGUAACGACCUGGCGGCUUUGGUUGGUCAAGCUUUCAAAAUCAAGUACAAGUCACCGAUCCCUGGUGAUUGGCAAGCCAAGACAUUGUCAAUGCUCCGGUCGUUCCUCUGGUCCGAUACAAUUCUUACAGAUCUUUACACAGAUGCUUGCGACCUUGUUGAUUGUGGUUGUGACAUUCCGCUGCCUGUCAGACAAGCCGGAACACUUAGGAUCAACGCUGAGCGCAAGGAACCACCAGCCACGGACCUUGUGCCAAACCGGUUUCUGGUAGAUCGGCAUCACAGCGCCCCGUGA